AUGGCAGAAGAAGUAGAUAAUAAACAAAUAAUAUUCAGAGGGUACAUAGAGGGAAAUCCAAGAGAAACAGACAUGGAAUUUAAGGUUGGGGAGAAGAUGAAAAUGGAAGCUCCUAAAGGUUCUGGUGCAAUGCUGGUUAAGAAUCUCUAUCUGUCUUGUGAUCCUUAUAUGCGUGGAAGAAUGAGGAAUUUUCAUGGCUCUUAUAUCCCUCCUUUCGCCCCUGGUUCUGUGAUUGAAGGAUUUGGGGUGUCCAAAGUUUUGGAUUCUGAUAACCCAAAAUUCAAGCCAGGCGAUAUAAUCUCAGGAUUUACAGGCUGGGAAGAAUAUAGUUUGAUUCAUAAAGCUGACCAAUUGAGAAAAGUUGUGGCAGAUGAUAUCCCUCUCUCAUAUCAUAUUGGCCUCCUUGGCAUGCCAGGCUUUACAGCUUAUGUAGGAUUCUAUGAGAUAUGCAAACCUAAGAAAGGGGACUAUGUAUUUGUGUCUGCUGCCUCUGGUGCUGUUGGUCAGCUUGUAGGCCAACUUGCUAAAUUACAUGGAUGCUAUGUUGUUGGAAGUGCUGGAACAAAUCAGAAAGUUGAUUUGCUGAAGAACAAGCUCGGAUUUGACGAAGCUUUUAACUAUAAAGAAGAAGCAGACUUCGACACAGCUCUUAAAAGGAACUUUACAAAUGGCAUCGACAUAUACUUCGAUAACGUCGGUGGAUCCAUGCUCGACGCAGUACUCCUCAACAUGAGGGAUCAUGGCAGAAUUGCUGUUUGUGGGAUGGUUUCUCAACAGAACCUGUCUCAACCACAAGGGAUUCACAAUUUGUUCAAUCUUGUAAUCAAAAGAAUAACAAUGCAGGGGUUUUUGCAGAGUGAUUACUUACACUUAUUUCCACAGUUUUUGGAAAAUGUUGUGAGAUUUUAUAAGCAAGGGAAGAUAGUAUACUUAGAGCAUGUGAAUGAAGGAUUGGAAAGUGGUCCUGUUGCUCUCGCUGGACUGUUUUCAGGGAAAAACGUAGGUAAACAGGUGAUUUGUGUAGCCAGAGAAUAA